AACUGGAACACAACAUGAUUUAGCUGCAGGAGUUGUUUCUGUAGAUAUUAAACCUAUCACUGAAUCUAAUUCAAAGAUACACAGCAAGGAACCGUAGCAGAGUGAGAUUCCACACUCUUCUGGGGUAACUAAUUGAGCGUAUUACAGCUGAGAUUUGAUCUACAAACUGAUUUGUCACUGCUGACUGAAAGAAACAGGUGAUAUAUCAUGAUUGCUCUGGGUCUUGGUCUUCUUUGUUUACUCUUUGGCCCUGACCUGUCAGAGGCUCAGUUUCCUCGAGUGUGCUGCACAGUGGAGGGGAUUUUGUCCAAGCAGUGCUGCCCUGCUCUGGGCUCAGACCCUGCCAAUGUGUGUGGCUCACUGUCGGGAAGAGGAAGCUGCACUGCUGUUCGAGUCGACACCAAACCCUGGGGAGGACCGUACAGACUAAGGAAUGUUGAUGACAGAGAGAGGUGGCCGACCAAAUUCUUCAAUCAGACUUGCAGAUGUACUGGUAAUUUUGCAGGUUAUGAUUGCGGCCAGUGCAAGUUUGGCUGGGCCGGACCAAACUGUGACCAGAGGAAAGCUCCCGUCGUGCGGAAGAAUAUCCACUCCUUGACCCCUGAAGAGCUCCAAGAGUUCCUGGACGUUCUGGAACUGGCCAAGAGCAGCAUCCACCCAGACUACGUCAUCGCCACGCAGCACUGGCUCGGACUCCUCGGACCAAAUGGAACAGAGCCACAGAUUGCCAACAUCUCCGUUUAUGACUUCUUUGUCUGGCAGCAUUACUACUCUGUUAGAGACACUCUUCUUGGUCCAGGUCGUCCCUUCAAAGCCAUUGAUUUCUCACACAAAGGGCCAGCAUUCAUUACUUGGCACAGGUAUCACCUCCUGAGUUUGGAAAGAGAACUCCAGAGACUUACUGGCAAUGAGAAUUUUGCAAUCCCAUAUUGGAACUUUGCCACAGGGCAGAGUGAGUGUGAUGUGUGUACUGACACUCUGCUGGGAGGCAGAAACCCAGACAACCCCUUCCUCAUCAGUAACCAGUCCAGGUUCUCCAGAUGGGGGGUGGUGUGUAACAGUCUCGACGACUACAAUCGUCUCGUGACCCUUUGUAAUGGAACCAGUGAAGGUUUCAUACAGAGAGGGAUGAUCCGGCAAGGCAACAGGACUCUGCCUACAAUGACUGACGUCAGAAGCUGUCUUGGAAUUCGGGACUUUGACAGCCCUCCCUAUUUCACCAACUCCUCCUUUAGCUUUAGAAAUGCUCUCGAAGGGUACGACAAACCAGAUGGAGAACUGGACGAAACUGUUGACAACCUUCACAAUCUUGUCCACUCAAUGCUCAAUGGAACCAGCUCGUUGGCUCACUCUGCAGCCAAUGACCCCAUCUUUCUGGUGCUCCAUGCUUUCACUGAUGCCAUUUUUGAUGAAUGGAUGAGAAGGUUUGUCCCAUCCAAUGCCACUUUCCCAGAUGAGAUGGCCCCCAUUGGACACAACAGAGACUACAACAUGGUUCCCUUCUUCCCUUCCAUUACUAAUGAGGAAGUGUAUGUUCCAUCUGAGCAGCUGGGAUAUUCUUAUGCCAUUUCCCUGGAUGAUGCAGAUGGAGGACCGGCUGUUUUUGUGCUGGGCUCCACUCUGGGAGGAAUCUUCAUCGGUCUCCUGGUGCUUCUCCUUAUCUUUGUGCUCUACCUGCGUCAGCGGAGAAACAGAGGCUUUGAACCUCUGAUAAAAGCAGAUUUCACAAAUAGAAAGUACACAGAAGAAGCCUAGAUUUCACCUGUUGUUCUGAAAUGCGCUUGAGUGCUCAAACAUACCUCAUAGUAAUGGAGCACCCUGUCUGCAGUCACGACUGUGAAGAAGAGCAGAAUAAUAAUCUUGUCUUUGAAUAGCAUGUUGUGUUUUAGCUGUUACAUCUAAUUUCAUGUUAGCAAAUGAUUCACACGAUUGUUCUACCAAGAACCUCACAUUCUUAAAUCAGUCUUUA